GCGGUAUUCUUGUCGGUAGUUUAUCUAAUUGUAAACCAGUCUACACAAGAAAUACAGAUUCUGGAAAUGUCAAUAAUUUAGUGCAAUUCCUCACAUUUGUGCUUAUUCCUUUUGUUCAAGCAAUUUUAUUUAAUACCCAGUUAACUUUUAUAGACUAAACACUUUGCAUAUAGUGAUCAAAGGUAGCAAAACCGCCCGAGCGGCGGUGAGAGGUGCAGUGUACACAGCCGAUUAAAAAAAAAUUCAUCUUAAGCCAGACAAGGAUAACAAUUUAUUAACAUUAGCAGAUUCACAAUGACAGACGAUUAUGUAUACCAGUUGGUCCGCAUUGGUCCAACAGCAACAUGCAAUAAAGUACCAGAUGUGAUGAGAUUGGAGCUUGGUCUAACUCGUAUUGGCCGGGGUCAACAUAACGACUUCUAUCUCGACUCUUUAGUGCUGAAAAACUUCAUUUCACGUUCUCAUGUGGAAAUUUUUGGGAAAAAGAACGAAAAUGGAGAAGUAGAAUUUGUUCUAACAGAUAAGGGCCUGAAUGGGACCUUUAUCAAUGAUAUCAGAACCCACAAGACGUGUAUUUUAGAGCUCGGUGAUAAGAUCACAUUUGGUCACACAAAUGGCUAUAAGAUCCAGCCUGGCAGCUACGCUGAGCAACCUACAUCAGAGUUUCAGUUUGAGUUUCUUAGAGCCCCAAAAAGCUCAAAGACAUCAGAAAUGUUCUCAGAGAGUAUGUCGUCCCCGAACGCUCAGUGUGAGGACUCCUUGGAUUCAGCCCCAGAUCUCAAGAAAGAACAGACAGACCGUUUAUUCCUAAGUGACAUCCCUAAUAACACUCAAUCAAGUGAAAACAGCUCAAAAUCUAAACAAUCUCAGUCACAAACACACAAAUCCUCCUCACGUGCUCGUAGAGACAGCAGCUCUCAGUCAGAGAAUGAAUUAAACACUUCCAGGAACAGUUCUUAUUCCAAGAGCAGCCAUAGUAAAGGUUCAGGGAAACGUAACUCUGACAGUACCAGUCGCUCUCCACAAAGGGAGGCAACUCAUAACAAGAAGAGAAAAACUUCAGCAGGCAGUUUGAAGCUUUCUGAAACUGUUCCUGCUCAGGAAAGUGAUGAAGUGGACAGUGAAAAGAGUGGUAAGAGUAGCAGUGAUAUGAGUGACAGUGAAGAAGAAAUGGAAAAACGGCGUAAACCUAAGAAGAAAGUGGCAAAGCGUGGAAAGCCAAGUGUGGAAAAGAAGCCAGUAAAAAGUAAGAAAAUGGUGGAUUCAGAAUCAGACAGUUCAGAAGAAGAUGAAGAGUCCAAGCCAGAAGCUGAUCAGCGGCCCAAACCACCACCUACGGCUAAACUGAAGCCCGGCAAGAAAAAACGCAUUGGAAAUGACGCUCCAGCUAUCGGGGGUCGAAAAAAGAAACGCAAGGGGGGUAAGGCAAGUUCUACCCCGGCCCUGCCAGACCCCCCUGCCCCACCAGCUGAUAUUGAGCCUGAUUUGGACUGGUAUGAUGAAGAUAAAAUUGAUGUGCCAGCCAUCGGGGGUCGUAAGAAGAAACGUAGGGGAGGCAUUGGGCCCCCUGCCCCAACAGCUGACAUUGAGCCUGAUUUGGACUGGUAUGAUGAAGAUAAAAAUGAUGUGCCAGCCAUUGGGGGUCGUAAGAAGAAACGUAGGGGUGGCAUGGCAAGUUCCACCCCGGCUCUGCCUGACCCCCCUGCCCCAUCAGCUGACCUUGAACCUGGUGUGGAGUGGUAUGAAGAUGAUAAAUGUGAUGCCGCUGACUGUAAACGGCCAAAGAAGAAGAAAACCUCUUGGGUUCAGUGUGAUGAUUGUGACAAUUGGUACCACACUGUUUGUGUCGGGGCCAACUACAACGCGCUGAAAGACAGUGACGCACACUUUAACUGUGGGUGUGAAUAGGGGAAAUAACGAAAAAACAGGAUGUAUAAAAUGUAAGGGAUGGAGCUUAAAUAAAUAUGGGAAUGAUGAAAAAAGGAGGAUUGCUGAAAUACAUGUGAUGGAGAUUAUAGUGAAAUGGUGGAAGUACAGGAUAGAUGUCAUCAUGAUAUUGAUGGGAUGGAGAUAAAAUUGUUAUAGCUGGGUAAAGAAGAAGGGGAUGGGAGAUGAUAGGAAAUUCACGGAAGGAAAGGAAUGUUGAUUAAAGGAGCAGAGAGGGGAACACCUUGCGUGAUAUGAAGUUGGAAUACACAACAUUGUGAUUGUCCUUCUUUAAUAAAAAUAAGUAUUUCUUUGUGGCUGGAAAAACAGAAUUUUUGAAAACAAAAAUAACUUGCACAUUUCCUAGUGGUACAAAAAGUCAUGUAUGAUACUGAAUUGGAACUGUUAUUUAGUUUUUAUGAGUUAUCUCACUGUUUGUGGAAUGUGCUUAUUAUUAAAAAAUAAGUGAAUUAUUUCAUGUAACAAACUUCUAUCAUAAAAAAUGUUCCGGAGGUUUUCAUCUUAAGUAAAAAUAUGUGACAAUUCAUGUGUUGUCAGAGAGAAUAAUCAAAGCUGAUCAAUGAAUAUAUUAUUUGUAUUCUUUUUAAUAGGGUCAAAUAGGUAGAUAGUACUUAACUGUUAACUGGUAAAAUUGCUGUUUUAUAUUAAAGGCAGAAAGGCACACUCUGACGAAAAGUCCCUUCCAUUACAAAUUUUUAAAAUAAUUCUUAGUCUUAAGAGUAAGUGGCAAGUACAUUUUAUUAAAACAAUAAUACCAUUUGCCUGGAAGGUAAAAAAAUAAUUGCGGUUUUACAUGUACACGUAAUUUCAAUGAAUAUAUUAAAAUCAAUCAAGGUUUGUUCAGCUAGUAUAGUAUAAGCACACAUCCUUUUUACCAAGGCGAGUUACAGUUUGGUUGUUGGUCACUAAGUGGGAUUUCUCUGUUUUCCCCCACAACACAAGACCACACCCUCGCUCAACAUAUAGAGAGUCACUUAGUAUACGUUUAUAUAACUUUCUUCAGAAAAAAAAGUUUAAACUUAAAACACAUUUAUGGUGCCCAGGUGAUGAAGCAGUUAAAUAUUACAUUUUUUUUAAAUUUCAAGCUAGACUCUGCUUGAAAUUCAUUUAAAACAUAAACCUUGGUUGGAUGCAGCUGGUGAUAUUCCUACAAAGCUUGCGCUCUUAACAUAUGAAACUUAAAAUAGAUCUUCAGGCUUUUUUGUCCAAGCCAAAAUGAAAUGUCCCAUUUUAAUUGUGUCACUUUUUAUUGUUUUUAAAUUAUUCUUAUCACAUCUUUCGUAUAAGAUAAUUAUUUGAGAACCUUGAUCUUUGCUUUCCUGCCUUUUGUUCAAACAGAAUUUGCAACCACCGAAUUAUCCUAGACAGACCACAUACUAAAAAGACAUUUAGUUUUCCAAAAACAUUAAGUGUGAAACUAAGCAUGUGUUGAUAAGUCUAAAGAUCACUGUAGAUUAAUUGUGUUAAAAUCUAUUUCUGGUGUUAUACUAGUAUUUAAUGUGUUCAGAGUGUGAAAUAAUCCUGUUGUGUAGUGUGUAACAUUAUCAUGUAGUUAUCAUAUAUACACUUAUACAUUAGAGAGAAUUAUCUGUUAUUUAAUACCACAUUUUCAAACCAAACUUUAACGGCGCACAAUCAAUUCUUUAUAAGUUGUCCACCGGUUAACUUUUUUCUAGUUUGCCUAUUUAGGUCAUUGAUUGGUCAAUAGAAACUAUUGGAUAACUAUUAACCAAUGAGCAACUAUUCUGGCUAACUUUGAUAAAACCAAAGAAUUUACCAGUUGUAUACGAUUUGUUUAUAUUUGGCUCGGCCUCACAAGGUAUGGCCAGUUGUUUAUUUUUGGCUUGGCCUCACAAGGUAUGGCCAGUUGUUUAUUUACUGUUCUCAUAAAGAUGAAUGAUCAUGUUCUGCAAACCUCAUUUUAACUACUUCAUUGAAAUAUACCACGAGAAACAUAGCAUUGUCAGGAACACAUUUUCAUAAGAGCUUAUUUGUCUUGAAAUGAUAUAUAUUUGGAAUAUAUAUUGUAUAUGUAAUCAUAUUUCUUUGUAUAAACAAACUUUACAUACAUUAGUAUUGUUUUGGUGGUCAUGUGACAAUUAAUUCUUAGUUUUUUUAGAUCUGAUUAUAAAAAAGUUAACUGUCAAUAAAAAAAAAUACAGCAAAGCAUUUUAUGUUCAAAGUUUGAUACAUGUUCUGUCAAUAAGUUAACUCAAGAUUUUUUUCUAAUAAUUAUGAGAAAAAUCAUGUAUAAACAAAAAAUCAUUUGUACAUUGUAACUUUAAAAAAAAAAAUCAAACCUUAGACUGUUUUUUUCCAUAGUUUCAUGAUUUCUCAUUCAGAAUGCAUUUAAUGAUUUUUGGAAAAUGUUCAUUUGAAAUAUUAUGUGAUAGUUCAGUAAAAAAACUCUGAAUGAUAGUCCAAGUAACUGAUUAUAUCCAUUCUGUAACGUGUGGUUAUCAAGUGGGAUUCUGUGUUCUAAGUUUUGAGUUUAAGGCAUUUAUGUGUAAAUUAUGGUAUGAUGGUAGUAAAUGAGAGAUAUCAUAGCGUCCAACUUACAUGUACCAAAGAUCAUUGGCUCUUUUAUUGCAUAAACACUUGGUUAAAUAUAGUGUGACUGUGCACAGAAACAACCACUUUCUUAUUUGUAUCAUGCUAACAAUUGAUAUAAAAAUGGCAGUUACUUGUAUUUUUUCAGAAAAGUGCGCCAAAUCAUAUGCCAUCAUAGCCUUAUUUCUGAUAUAACAAAAUCUCAUUUUUAGUUAACUGAUAAAUCUCUAUAAACCACCUGAAAGCAGAUAAUACAAGUGGUAACAGUGUGUAUUUCAAGUUGUAUCAUUUGUCAUAGUGUGUAGUUAAUGUCAUUUACAUUGUGUCAUGUUAUAGUUACACUUGUAUGUAUAUUUACGGAUUUGUUAGUUUUUAGAGAGUCUAUGUUUACUUUUGUACUGUUGUGUAGUGCUAUUAUUGAAAUCGGCACCAAAUCAGAACUGAUUUAAUUAUUUUAACGCUCUAAUGAAUUCAUUAAAACCUAUUGUUCUUUCAAUUUUAUUUUUUUAAAUAAUGCUUAUUGUUUUAUCCUUUGUUAUUGUAACAUCAACAUAACUUUUCGACCCUUUUUAGGUUAUCUGUUGUUGUUUUUCAAAGAAGAAAAUGAAGUAUCAUAAUAGCGUUUGUGAUAUUGUGCAAAAAAAUAAUAUUUGGUCAGUACAUGAACCUGGGUAGAAAAUGUCACAUUAAAUCCAUGUUCAGUUAUGACUCUCAGUUAUUUAGCUCUGCCGGAUUGAUUGUAUUUUUAGUCUCAUAGGGCAGAAAAGUUUCAGUUUUCAACCUGUACAAUUAAAUGAAGUUUUCUUUUUUGAAAAUUAGUUACCGGUAUAUGUUUUCAAUGGCAGUUUGUCUUUGCCUGCCAGUAAAUACAGGUUUUGAAAUAGGAACCUGACAUCAAAGAUAGAAUCAAUUUGGUAGAGCCUAACUGUUAAGAAAUCCCCAACUCAAGAAAAAUGCUGGCACCUGGUUGUUAAGCUCUGGUAUAAAUUCAAGUAUGGCAAAAUAGUUGUCAAAUUAAUAGAUUCCUUUCAUUGAUAUAUGGGUGUCUAUGUCCAUGCCUCCGCCAAAGGUAUUGCCAAUAGUAUCACACAGUAGGAUUCAUAUUUAAUCACAUACAGGGCCUACUGUUUUUGGUAUGCCAACUAAAUUGCUUAGAAGACCAAACAUAACCCCUAUGAUGGUUAUAGGUUUAAUGGGUUAGUGCUGAUAUGGCAACUGUAUUUUCUCAAUAUGUGGAAUAUGUUUAAUACGAAGUAAAUGAUUUUUUCAUCUGAUAACCUGGUUUUCAUUUUUUUUCAUAAUAAGUUACCUAGAUACUGCAAUUCAUCUGCAAGUGUGUUGCUAUUUGUGUGCUUAAUCAUGGUUUUCCUUGCAUACACACAUACAAGAGAAGUUGAAAUUCUAGUUAACACAGGCGUUCAAUACUAUAUUGCACAUACCACUGUGUUUUGUCUCACAAUAUUUUAGGAAAUAUACUGUAUUGUAUUUAUAUUGGUAGGAUAUUUUAUAAUGACUAAAUAACUAAGUAUGAAUGUGAAAUCUUGAUUGAAUAACAGUUUCAAAUUUAAGGUGCAAACAUUUCUUUCACAAGUUUGUUUAGACUCUCCUUUUGUAACGCAUUUGUUUCAGAACCUGUUCAGAUAUUCAUUACGUCUUCAGCAUUUUGUAGUUUUCAAUAAGAUUGAUUCGAGAUGGAAACUCGUGUAUUGUUAGUGCUGUAAAACAUACGUGAGUGUCACUUUAUGUGCAUGUUUCCAGAUGAAACCUUGCAAAUAAAUCAAUGAUAUUGUGAA